CUUAGAAUUUUUUUCAUAUGUAAGCAAAUUGGACAUUAUAUUGUAUGUCGGAAUGAAUCAGAAUCGAAUCAGACCUAUAUGAAAUCAGAAUAAAAAAUGAAUCACGAACUGAAUCAAAUCGGUAUCGAUAUUCAGUGUUGCUGUUAUACAUGUACUGUCAAACAUGUCACUCAAACGUUUCUCUGUGUUGUCGUAGGUUAGUGUGUCUGUUUCUUAAGAGAGGAGCGGACUACAAUGCAAAAGACAUUGAUGACAAGGACCCAAUCGGCAUUGCCAUAGAUAACGCCAACGCUGACAUCGUCACGCUACUCCGGAUAGCCAAGAUGAACAAGGAGAUGCGGGAGAUGGAUGGCACUCCAUCAGGUGAUGAUACCUAUCAUGACAUUUUCAGGGAUUUCUCCCAAAUGGCCUCCAACAAUCCAGAGAAGCUUAAGCGCCGUAGCGCUGACAUGAAAUGAACCACCUAACCACUAGAUGUCAAUGUUACACCAAUACACACACACACACACUCCAGUAGACUAAAUUAAAUGCUGCAUCAUUUGGUUUGUCUGGCAUACACGAGUAUGGGUCUAAACAUCUGGGUUUUUGCGUAUUUAUCCCGGUUUAGGCUUUAAGAUGUCAUCCGUCAUUUGGUGUUUCCUGUUAGUUAUUUCUUCUUUUCACAGAUGUUCUGUAGCCGAAUAAUUUAUAAUUUGAGCAAGUUUACAUUCCAAAUGGUAUGAAAGCAAGACAACAAGCCAGACUGUAGAGGUGGAGUGGACUUUUCUGUGUUUCUCAUUUAGAUGCCAAUGAAUUUUUCCUCAUUCAGAUGAUUUUCAGUGGACAAGUUGCUUUUCUUCUUUUUAUUCACUAUGUUGUGAGCCACAGUGUUAAUGCAACUUGAAUGUACUUGUUACUUUGGGUGAGAGAUCACUGUUUUCUUGGUUCUCCUGUAUAAUUGUUCUUUUCUUUAUAAUUUUAAUUUCUCUUUUUAUAAGAACAAAACAACCCGUUUGAAAAUGGUCAAUUGUUGUGUUUUGUGAACAUGCAAUGUUCUAAACAUGUAUAAAUGAAUAACCGUGAAAACGGUAGAAUGUGUAGCGAAAUAAAUAAAUGAUUAAUGACUUAU